AUGCGUCUUCUUGCAAUACUCUUAUUCGUUGUACUUUCAUGUUUUAGUGCUGAAGCACUUAAAAAACGACAGCUUCAACAAGCUCAUGCUGGCUAUUGUCCAAUGCAUAUGAUGAUGUGUGCCGUUUAUUGCGCGCCUAAUUUUCUUAAUUUACAAGCUUCAAGACAAACCAAUGGUUGCGCAAGAGAUAGUGAAUGCGCUGUCGAUGAAAAGUGCUGUAGACCGGCUUGUGGUUGCGCCAAUAGAUGCACGAAAGCUUUAGAAAAGCCAGGAUUUCAAAAACUUGCUUGA